GGGAAGAGCUAUCCAGUGCGGUUGGAUGGUCUAAAAAGAAUAGAACGAGAAACGAUAAACAAUCAAAAAUAAAAAAGAAGAAAAAUUGAAAAUAAAUGUCUUUAAGGAUAAGAUAAAGCGCAUAUAUAUAAACGAACGUGGAUAUCUGUGAAAAGCAGUAAACAAAAAAAAAGCAAAAAAAUAAAAUAAAAGAAUAAAGGACUUUAUUUUUUUUUUUUCUAAAAAUACAUAAAUGAAUAGUGUGUGAGAGUGGAUAAGAAAUUUUAAAAAUUUUGUAUUUUUUGUUAUCAUGGUCCUUAAACGCCAUAUAUCAUUAUGCCCUGCCGGUGCGGUUGUGACUUUAAUAUUACAUUACUUGAUAAGCAAUGCUAAAGCGGAAUUAACUCCGCCAUAUUUCAAUUUAGCGACUGGACGUAAGAUUUAUGCAACCGCCACAUGUGGCAUGGAUACCGAUGGUCCCGAGUUGUAUUGUAAAUUAGUAGGAGCAAAUACAGAAAAUGAUCACAUCGACUACUCAGUAAUACAAGGCCAGGUUUGCGAUUACUGCGAUCCUACUAUACCCGAAAAGAAUCAUGCUCCCGAACAUGCAAUCGAUGGUACAGAAUCGUGGUGGCAAAGUCCUCCAUUGUCCCGUGGUAUGAAAUUCAAUGAAGUCAAUUUAACCAUUGAUUUCGGUCAGGAAUUUCAUGUGGCAUAUCUAUUUAUACGUAUGGGUAACUCACCACGUCCAGGUCUCUGGACGUUGGAGAAAUCCAGCGAUUAUGGCAAGACAUGGUCACCGUGGCAGCAUUUCUCGGAUACCCCGGCCGAUUGUGAAACAUAUUUUGGCAAGGAUACUUAUAAACCCAUAAACAAUGACGAUGAUGUGAUAUGCACGACAGAGUAUUCGAAAAUAGUGCCACUAGAAAAUGGAGAAAUUCCUGUAAUGUUGCUAAAUGAUCGUCCAUCGGCUACAAAUUAUUUCAAUUCUUCGAUUUUGCAAGAAUGGACCCGAGCAACAAAUGUUCGUAUUCGUUUAUUACGCACGAAGAAUCUUUUAGGUCAUCUAAUGUCAGUUGCCCGGCAAGAUCCGACGGUGACUCGUAGAUACUUUUACUCGAUUAAGGACAUUUCCAUUGGAGGCCGUUGUAUGUGUAACGGUCACGCAGAUACCUGUGAUGUUAAGGAUCCAAAGAGCCCAGUAAGGAUAUUGGCAUGCCGUUGUCAACAUCAUACCUGUGGCAUACAGUGCAAUGAGUGUUGUCCAGGAUUUGAAGCAAAAAAAUGGCGUCAAAAUACUAAUGCUCGACCAUUCGAAUGUGAACCUUGUAAUUGUCAUGGUCACACCAACGAUUGCAUCUACGAUGAGGAUGUUGAUCGCAAGCGUUUGUCUCUAGAUGUUCAUGGUCGUUAUGAAGGUGGUGGUCGCUGCUUAAACUGUCAGCAUAAUACCGAGGGCAUUAAUUGCAAUAAGUGUAAGCCUAAAUACUAUAGAUCGGUUGGGAAGUAUUGGAAUGAAACGGAUGUAUGUCAACCUUGCCGUUGUGAUUAUUUUUAUUCUACUGGCAAUUGCAUGGAAGAGAGCGGAAUAUGUGAAUGUCGCAAAGCUUUCCAACCGCCAAAUUGUGACACUUGCGCCUAUGGUUAUUACGGAUAUCCAAAUUGUCGCGAAUGUGAAUGUAAUCUUAACGGUACUGACGGUUACCACUGUGAGGCCAUUAACGGAGAAUGUCCUUGCAAAAUCAAUUUUGCGGGUCAUUAUUGUAAACAGUGCGCCGAUGGAUAUUAUUCUUUUCCGGAGUGCAAAGCUUGUGAAUGCAAUAAAAUUGGUUCCAUUAGUAAUGACUGUGACCUAGUUACCGGUCAAUGUAAAUGUUUGAGCAGUUUCGGUGGCGAACGUUGUGAACGUUGUAAGCAUGGCUACUAUCGAUAUCCGAAAUGUCAAUACUGUGAUUGUGAUAUUCAGGGAACAGAAGAAGAGAUUUGCGAUAAAGAUAACGGCCAGUGCAUAUGUCGUGAAGGUUUUGGCGGUCCACGCUGUGAUCAAUGCCUGCCUGGUUACUACAACUAUCCAGCCUGUAAAACUUGUAAUUGUUCGGCUACUGGCAGCACAGCCAUUACCUGUGACAAUACCGGCAAAUGUAAUUGCUUAACUAAUUUUGCUAGCAAGCAAUGUACCCUUUGUUCGGCUGGUUACUUCAGCUAUCCUGAAUGUUUGCCUUGCAACUGCGACGUUCACGGUUCGGAAGGUGUUACUUGCAAUGCAGAUGGUCAAUGUUUAUGUUUACCUAACUUUGAUGGAAAGUUAUGUGAUUCAUGUAAAGAAGGCUUUUAUAAUUUCCCCAGUUGCGAGGAUUGCAAUUGUGAUCCUGCCGGUGUUAUAGAUAAAUUUGCCGGAUGUGGUUCAGUGCCAGUUGGUGAAUUAUGCCAAUGUAAAGAACGUGUUACUGGUCGUAUCUGUAACGAAUGUAUGCCUCUCUAUUGGAAUCUUAAUAUCAGCAACCCAGAUGGUUGCGAAAUAUGCGACUGUUGGACAGAUGGUACUAUUGGAUCAGUGGAUACCUGUGACUCGAAAACAGGUCAGUGUACAUGUAAACCUCAUACUAACGGUCGUACCUGUAAGUAUUGUAAGGAUGGAACUUAUGAUUUGGACGGUGCUACACUUUUUGGUUGCAAGGAUUGCAAUUGCGAUGUUGGAGGUUCCUGGAAAAGUGAAUGUGACAAAUUAACCGGUCAGUGUAAGUGUCACCCUCGUGUUACUGGUCGAGCUUGUACUCAGCCGUUGACCACUCAUUAUUUUCCGACGUUGCAUCAGUUCCAAUAUGAAUACGAAAAUGGCUAUCAACCAUCAGGGGCACAAGUGCGUUAUCAGUUCGAUGAGUCUGUAUUUCCAGGGUUCAGUAAUAAAGGGUACGCAGUAUUCAAUGACAUCCAAAACGAGGUCCGCAACGAGUUAACCGUGUUUAAGUCUUCCGUAUAUCGCAUUGUCAUACGCUACGUUAAUCAGAACACCUUUAAUGUAACUGCUAGCAUAUUGAUACAAUCGGAAAAUCCUUUAGAAGUGGAUCAAAAUGUUAAAGUUCUUCUACGUCCUACUGCGACGCCACAAUUUGUUACAGUUGCCGGUGACAAAGGUAAAAAACCUUCGGCCAUAGUUCUAGAUCCUGGACGAUAUACUUUUAUCACUAAAUGUAAUAAAAAUGUAAUGUUGGAUUAUUUCGUAUUGUUGCCGGCUGCUUAUUAUGAAGCUUCAAUUUUAACGCGCAAAAUAGCCACACCAUGUGAAUUGGGAAACAUGGAGUUAUGUCGUCAUUAUAAAUAUGCCUCUGUAGAAGAUUUGCAACCUGCCAUUGUUCCUUUUAUUGUUAACGCAAAUGGUAAGCCUACAAAUCCCAAUGAAUUCUACAAUGAUCCUGAGCAUUUAACUAUUGUUAAUCAUAUUGGCGAUAUACCACUAAUUACUUUUUCUCAACCGAAAUUAAAUUAUAUUGUCGAUGUGCCACAUAGUGGCCGGUACAUUUUCGUGGUUGAUUAUGUUAGCGAUCGUAAUUAUGCUGAGCCGGUCUUCAUCAAAUUGCGCAUUGAUGAUGGCGAUGAUGACCAGGAGAAUUAUGGUACGACCACCAUGUAUCCUUGUUUGUUUUCGAUGGCUUGUCGUACUCCAAUAAUAGAUGAACAAACACGUGAAAAAGUUUAUACCCUAAGCAAAGAGGAUUCUAAACCUGUAGUUGUCUAUGCUGAUUUCGACGACAAUGAAAGGGUAGCAAUUAUUUCCAUAACAGCGAUACCAGCCGAGGAAUGGUCUGUUGAUUACAUAAUACCCAAUCCGGUAUGUGUGAUAAACAAUGGUCAAUGUGCUACUCCGAAAUUUAGGACCGUACCUGAUUCUAAAAAAAUUGAAUUUGAAACUGAUCAUGAGGACCAUAUCACCUUUAACAAGCCACCAUAUGCCGUCUUGGAUGAGCGUGUUAAAUUGAUAUAUUUGGAUAGCAAGGAAGAUGCUACAAUUGUUAUUGAAUCGCGGGUAGCAGAAGCCAGACAUUAUGUAAUCUUAGUUAAAUAUUAUCAGCCUUAUCAUCCAAAGUUUAACGUAUUGUACACCCUGACGGCGGGAAAGAAUCAGUAUGAUGGUAAAUUUGAAAUCAAUCACUGCCCUUCCAGCUCUGGCUGUCGAGGCGUGCUUAGACCAAGUGGAGAUGAGUGGACGUUUGAUAUUGAAGAUGAUUUCAAAUUUACUGUAACUAAUAAUAGACCUUCUGGUGUUUGGUUGGAUUAUUUGAUUGUUGUACCCGUUGAUCAGUAUAGCGAUGAUUUGCUCAUCGAGGAAACUUUCGAUCAAACUAAAGAAUUUAUCCAAGAAUGUGGCCAGGACCAUUUCUACAUUACUCAUAACGCGUCAGACUUCUGCAAAAAGGCUGUAUUCUCCUUGACGGCUGAUUAUAAUGGCGGUGCUUUGCCAUGCAAUUGCGACUAUGCAGGAUCCACAAGUUUCGAAUGCCAUCCUUUUGGUGGGCAAUGCCAAUGUAAACCGAACAUCAUCAAUCGUCAGUGUGGAGCUUGCCGUACCGGCUAUUAUGGUUUCCCUGAUUGUAAACCUUGCAGUUGUCCAUCAACCGCCACUUGUGAACCUCAUACCGGCGAUUGCGUUUGCCCGCCUAAUGUUAUGGGAGAAAACUGUGACAAAUGUGCGCCUAAUACUUAUGGCUAUCAUCAGAUCAUAGGUUGCGAGGAUUGUAAUUGUAAUCGUUUAGGUGUUGCGCUUGGAAACACACAGUGCGAUAUGCUCAACGGUUUAUGCGAGUGCAGAGAGCACAUUGAAGGUCGCGCCUGUGAUACUUGUUCAAACGGCUAUUUUGAUUUUCCACGUUGUGAUCAGUGCUCUUGUAAUGUAGACGGCACGGAAUUAGAAAUAUGCGACAAAGUUGACGGUGCUUGCUUCUGCAAAAAGAAUGUAGUUGGUCGAGAUUGUGAUCUUUGCAUGGAUGGUACCUAUAAUUUGCAAUACAAUAAUCCAGAUGGCUGCACGGCUUGCUUCUGUUUUGGCAAAACUUCACGAUGUGAGAGCGCUUACCUUCGGGUAUUUAAUGUGAGCUUGUUAAAGAACGUCUCAUUAAAUACGGCUAACUUUACUGACAAGUUUAUCGAUUUUGCGAUUUGGGAUAUUCCCGCCGAUGAGCUAUUAGUAAAUGAGACAAUGUUGCAGGCUGAUUUUUCUUUCGCCGACAUUAACGAUGAAUCCAUUGUAUACUUUGGUGUUUUAGAUUAUUUGGCUGGACAGAAUAGUCAUAUCUCAGCUUAUGGCGGUGAACUCGCCUAUACUCUGUUCUAUUCCACAGGAUUUUCAGGGAAACCUCUGAUUGCUCCUGACGUAAUACUGUUUAGUAAAGAUCAUGUUUUAAUCCAUCAAAGCUAUGAACAGCCUUCCAGUAACCAAGUAUUUAAGAAUCGAGUACAUAUGGUUGAGAGUAACUUCCUUAGCCAGGAUGGCAAAGUGAUUAAUCGGGCUGAUUUUAUGAUGGCGUUACGUAAUAUAAAUAUGAUUUACAUUCGCGCCAACUAUUGGGAGCAGACAUUAAUUUCUCAAUUGUCGGAGGUCUAUCUGACUUUGGCUGACGAAAGCGAUGACGACAGUCAAGAUGGGUAUGAAUUUUUGCCAGUUGAAAAAUGCCAUUGUCCUCCCGGUUAUACCGGGUUAUCUUGUGAGGACUGUGCUCCUGGCUAUUAUCGCGAUCCUAAUGGUCCUUAUGGUGGUUAUUGUAUACCUUGUGAGUGUAAUGGUCACGCUGAUACCUGUGACUGUGUCACCGGUAUUUGUGAAGAUUGCACACACUUCACCACCGGCGACCAUUGCGACAUGUGUAUUGAAGGAUAUUAUGGCAAUGCCACCUUUGGUUCUCCUCACGACUGUAUGAUAUGCGCAUGCCCUUUGCCAAUACCUGGAAAUAAUUUUGCCGUGGGUUGUGAAAUUUCCGAUGCAGGUAACGAAAUUCAUUGUGAUUGCAAAGCAGGAUAUACAGGAGCACGUUGUGACUUCUGUUCGAAUGGUUUCUAUGGUCACCCGCAGACUCCAGGCGAUUAUUGUAAACCAUGUCAGUGUUCUGGUAACAUUAAUCCUGAAGAACCCGGAUCUUGCGACACUUUAACUGGCGAAUGUUUGCGUUGCUUAAAUAACACAUUUGGCACAGCCUGUAAUCUGUGUGCUCCUGGAUUCUAUGGAGACGCUGUAAAAUUAAAGAAUUGUCAAAGUUGCGAUUGUGAAGAUUUAGGGACAUUGGAAUGCGACCCAUUUGUGGGCGUUUGUAAAUGUCAUGGCAACGUUAUUGGUAAACGUUGUGAUCGUUGCGAAACUGAUCACUAUGGUUACGAUUCUGGUCUAGGUUGCCGUUCAUGCGAUUGUGGUAUCGCCUCUAAUUCGACACAAUGCGAUGAACAUACUGGCAAAUGUGCAUGUAAACCUGGAGUAACAGGUCGUCAAUGUGACCGUUGCGCUGUUGAUCACUGGAAGUACACUACCUCUGGCUGCACGCCUUGCAAUUGCAAUAAGGGUUAUUCUAGAGGUUUUGGCUGCAAUGCCCUCACUGGUCAAUGUGAAUGUUUGCCUGGUGUAAUUGGCGAUCGUUGCGAUGCUUGUCCUCAUCGGUGGGUUUUGCGCAAAGGCGAAGGUUGCUUUGAGUGCGACGCGUGCCAUCAUGCUUUAUUAGACGUGACAGAUCGUUUGCGUUACGAAAUAGACCCGGUUAUGGAUGAAUUCCAAUCAGUGGCCUUAGCUUUCUUCACCAGUCAAAAGUUGAAUUACUAUGAUGAAUUAGCUGAAAAAGUAGCUCCAGAAGUUCAAAGUCUUGAUCCAAAAAGCGUAAAUUUAGAUCCCUCACGGUCUGCUGUUUCAGAGCUGGAAGCAGAAGCAAAAAUGUAUUUAAAACAAGUCAAUUUAACCAUUGAUAAUGCUGAAGAUAGUCGCGAUAUGGCAGGCGUUCUUUUAACAAAUGUCUCUGGCCUACGUGAACAAGUAGCAUUGAGUACCAAUGAAGCACGAGAUGCUAUAGCGUCUGUGGAAAUUUUGUCACGUAACUUGGAAACAGCCGCGAGCACAAAAAUUGACUCUGCUUUAACCGAAGCCCAAGAAUUAUUAAGUCAAAUUAAUGCUACAUCGAUUGAUUUGGAAAACAAUGUUUCCAUUUUACAAAAAGCUACUGAGUUGCUAAGUGAGAUCAGCACUAUUAUACAGCCAGUGAAGUCGCAAAAUAAAUCGUUGAAUGGCUUAAAGAACGACAUAGGCGAGUUCAGUGAUAAAUUAGAAGAUUUAUACGAUUGGAGCCUUGAAGCGGCCAAUAAAUCAGCCGAAGUGGAAAGACUGAAUGUUCUAAACAAAAUGGCAUUUGAAAAUUCCAAGUUCGAUACAGUUGCAGAUCAGAAAAAAGAAGCUGAAAAGAAUAUUAAAGAUGCUUAUAAUUUGUACACUAACGGCGACAUUGCUUUGACCGAAAUCGCUGAGAAAAUUGGUGAUUUGGGUAAAGUACUGCAUACUUUAAAGGAUGUGAAUAAACAAAUUGAUUUGGACUUGCCAGAGAUUGAAAACGAAUACUUUGAAGCUUCUAAUAUGACAUUACAAGCUGAAUUAAAGGGUGCAGAGUUGACUGUAAGGGCACAAGACUUGACCGAGCAAUAUGCUGACAUGACUGCUAGUGCCGAGCCUGCCAUUAAAGCGGCUAGAGCUUAUAGUGAUAUUGUAGAUGCAGUCUCUUCAGCCAGAGAAUUUACCAAAAAGUCAAAAUAUGCCGCCGGCAAUGCUACUGAGAAAACUUUUGGUAUUGAGGAUCGCGCAGGAGCGGCUGAUAAGGAGUCGGCCGAGUUGUUGCAAAGAGCGCGAGCCUCAUUACAUAAAGUACAGAGUGAUUUGGAACCGCGCCUAAAUGCUUCGUCUGCUAAAGUGGAAUCAAUUUCGAUGUUGAAUGAAAAUACGGAAAAUCGACUGAAGGACAUCAAUAUUGCUAUGGAAGCUUUACCGGCUGAGUCCCAGAGAGACAUGUAUAAAAGCUCUAAUCAAAAUGCUAGUGAUGCAUUGGAUAUAAUGAAAGACGUUUUGGAUAUUUUGGAACCUGUAGUAAAGCAAACUACCAAGGAGUUAGACCAAGCGCGUAACAUUUCUAAAGAUAUCGACUUGACGAACAAGGAUAUCAAUCAAGUGCAAAAUCAUCUUGACAGUGUAGAAACCUUCUUACCUGAGUUGACUAUUAUGGCCGAUAGCCUUGGUGAACAACAAGCUAAAGUAGAAAUGGUUGGUCAGGAGCUAGGCGACGAAAUUGAAGGUUUGAGACGGCAAAUCGAAACAGCCAGACAAAUAGCAAAUGAUAUAAAAGUAGGUGUUAAAUUUGUGCCCAGUACUAUCUUAGAACUGAAGACCCCAGAAACUUUGCCUUUGCUAGCAACAAAAACAAAAGUUUCUACUCACUUUAAAACCGACAAUCCAAACGGUUUCUUAUUAUUUUUGGGUAAUGAUAACAAAACAGCUGCAAAUGCUGUGGCGCCUACUAAGAAUGACGACUUUAUGGCCUUGGAGAUAGUGAAUGGUUAUCCAAUAUUGACUCUUGAUUUGGGUAAUGGACCUGAACGUAUUACUAACGAAAAAUAUGUCGCCGAUGGCGAAUGGUAUCAAGCUAUUGUCGAUCGCACGGGAUCUAAUGUAAAACUAAUCAUACGGGAACAAUUGGACGAUGGUUCAGUAAUUGAUCAUGUGAAAGAGGAGGCUUUAAUGGGCGCAAAUAAUGUAUUUAAUGUGGAUCGUAACAGCCGUUUGUUUGUGGGCGGCUAUCCGCCACCGUCAGAUUUCACACCACCCGAAGAUAUACAUUCUAGUUCGUUCGUGGGGGAGAUUGACGAUUUACGUGUUGGAGAUGAAGAAGUCGGCUUAUGGAAUUUUGUUUACGGCGAAGAUAAUAAUCAGGGAGCGCAAAAAAGAAAGAAACUUCUUAGUAAAGACAUUCCUCCGACGGGAUAUCGUUUCAAUGGCAAUGGCUAUGUGGUACUCAAAGCAACGCCGUACAACUUUAAAACACGUUCGAGUAUUCAGUUCAGUUUUAAAGCAGCUAAGGAUGCUAAAAACGGCUUACUGUUCUUCUACGGGCGUAAUAGUCAUUUUAUGUCUAUCGAAUUGAUCGAUGGAACUGUAUUUUUCCGUUAUAAAUUGGGAGAGCAUAUUGUCUCGACAGGCAGCAACGAUAAAUAUAAUGAUGACGAAUGGCAUCGAGUUGUUGCUGAAAGAGAUGGUAGACGAGGUGUGCUAAAAGUCGAUGAUGUACAAAUAUUCCAAGAAGAAGCUCCUCCCCAAGCUGAUGACACUAUGCCUGUGUUCAAACGUAUGUUCUUCGGAGGAUUCCCUGGCAAACGCAAUCAUUCAAUAAUUGUUGAAGAAAACUUUGAUGGUUGUAUAGAUGACGUCACAAUUUCUGGCAAUAAAGUCGAUUUGAGUGAACAUGUGAAUGCUGUAGGCGCCAAGCCAGGAUGCCCUAAGAAGUUUUCCACAAUUUUGUCUUAUCCACCUCAUGAGUUCGGUUUCUUGCGUACCGCUAAUCUUAGUUCUAAUAACAAUCUAAACAUUAAUCUGAAAUUCAAGACACGUCAGAAGAACGGUGUGCUAUUCUACGGUACUAAUCAGAAUCAAAGCUCGACUAUAAGCUUAAGUAUGGAAGAUGGUUACUUGACGUUGCGUUCAAUGGGUAGUGAAUUGGAAUCGAACGCUCGUAUAUUGAACGAUGGCGAAGAACAUGUGGUAACCGUUUUGCAUGAUGGCAAUCAGUUAAGGUUAUCUAUCGACGACAUGGAGGACAAACGAUUACCAUAUCCGCCCGAACCAUUGUAUAUAGACAUGGGUGAUAUUUUCUUUGGCGGGCUUCCGGAGAACAUAAAAAUACCACGAGAUGCUUUAGCAAAUUUGGCCUACUUCUUAGGCUGUAUAAGUGAUGUUACAGUUAAUGGUGAAAUUAUCAAUUUUGCAGAUAGUAUCGAAAAGAAAAAUGGCAAUAUCAACAGUUGUUCAAACGAUAUAUUUUCUUACGAUAUAACUGCUGUACCGAUUUACUAUCCAGAUGGUGAAAAUGAAUUAUUUAUUCCCAAAGGUGAAGAAGAUCGUCCUUCCUUCAUAAGCAGGCCGAAACAGUUAUCAACGACCACUCCUACCGCUAUCACGACUACAACAACUGAAUUUCCAAUGUUCGUCCUUAAGACAGUUGCCCCCACUACUACGUUUGUUACAACUACGACAACUAGUACUCAGAAACCGUCAAUCGUUCCCGAUUUUCGAGAAUUUGAUGAAGAUCAUGGACCCAUCACUCGAAGGCCUUUACUUUGGCCCGAUUUAAAUAAACCAGCGGACCCAAGAUGCAAAUUACCGAUAAAUCCUAAUUACGACGUGGACUUUAUAGAAGCUGGUUAUCGUUUCUUUUCUGUUCGAGAACAACGUUUGGAAAUUCCUUCAUUAUCUGCCAAAAUACGUCGACAUUAUGCGGUUACUUUCAGUUUUCGCACUGAUUAUCAUGAGGGUCUAUUAUUUUAUGCCUCUGAUAAAUAUCAUACAGAUUACAUAGCUGUUUUCUUAAGCGAAGGUAGAAUACAUCAUCAAGUGCAUUUGGGCUCGUUGGUGGCUAAUAUCAGCAGCGCCGAAGAGCUCAACGACGGCCAAUGGCAUACCGUACAGUUUUUAAGAAACAAUCGAAAGGUCAGUCUAUUUAUUGACGAUGUUGAACAAACGCCUAUGAUAGAGCUGGAAGAUAAAAGUCCUAGAGGUAUAGUUGUAGAGUUUCCCAUUUAUUUGGGCGGCGUGCCAAAAUAUGUAGAAGAGAGUGUGCGUCAGAACAUUGAAGACAUCCGGAAUACUUCUUACUAUAAUGGCUGUUUGAAGGAUAUAAAAGUAAAUGGCGCAGCCCUGGAGAAAGAGCCAAUUAUCUAUCAUGUUGUACCAUGUUCUGAACAAAUUGAACCGGGUUACUUCUUUAAUAAGCCAACAGGUUAUGUGAAAUUAUUUGAUCGUUUCACAGUCGGUACAGAUUUUAGUUUGAGUUUUGAUUUCCGGCCACGUGACCCUGAUGGAUUGCUGUUCUCGGUGCACGGCAAAAACACGUAUAUGAUCUUGGAGCUGAUUGAUAAUAGAUUGUGGUUCACGGUCAAAUCAGAUUCAAAGAAUAUUGUUUCCACAAACUAUACUCUGCCAGAUAAUGGUAGUUACUGUGACGGUAAAUGGCGUAAUGUUCAAGCGGUGAAAUCGAAAUUCGUCAUAACAAUUUCGGUGGAUUAUUAUAGUGCCAAACCAGGCGUGGGCACAGAAGGCUCUACCACUACGAAAACCAAUAGGCCAUUAUUCUUGGGCGGCCAUCAGGCCUUCAAUAAAGCCCCAGGCUUAAAAACUAAAAAGACAUUUAAAGGCUGCAUAGGCAAUAUCCAGGUGAAUAAAAAACCCGUACGAAUUUCUCCGAAUUUAGUGAAUGGUGAGAUAUGGCAAGGAGCUUGUCCGUUGGGUUAAAGAGGCAUCGAAAGCUGCUAGAGACAAUGAUACGGAACAUGAAUGAAAGUGGAAACUUUGGGUGUUAGAAACGAAUAACCGAAACGAAUUUAAAAUUUAAUGAUAAUGAAUAGCACGAAGAGAAAACAAAUACGUAUAACACGAUUUAAGUAUAUCAGUUCCAAACACUCCCAAAACGCAGCACCAUGUUGAGUGCUUUCAACAUGUCCUACUAAUAGGUUAAAAAUAUGCCGCGAAAAGUUAAACCAACAUAAUUGGUCCUCGUUUGGAUCUCAUCUUCAUUGCAAUGUUCAUAAAAAUACUUUAACUUAUCUGUAUUAAAAAAAAAAAACAAUGGCUUAAAACGUUAACAUUUUCACUACAAGUUCUCUUCAUCUAUCCUCAAUAGACAAUAAAGCGUCUUUAAAGCGUCAAAGUUCAUAUAUAUAUAUUAACUUUCUCUCUAUGUUCUCUCUAGUUCUCUUUACAAUUACUUUUUUUUUAUUACUCUCAAUAAAGUGCACUUGUUGCAAACGAAAGAAAGAAAAUAUCAAUGCAAACUAAAA